CUCGUCUCUCUCGGCCGUUUUAUAUGCCCUCUCCGGCGACGUCUUUCAUAACAGUCGUCAUCCGACGGGCGUAGAGCGUGCAUCGACACAACCGGCCGACCGUUCGCAGCCAUUCACAGCCAUUCACAGCCAUUCACAAAUCAAUUAACAAUGUUUUCGUCCAAGUUAGUGCGCCGCACCAGCAGGGAGCUAGUGCGCGAGCUGAGACGGCACAUCAGCAAAACGUCGAGCGUGCCCAACAGCGAGGCCAUAUCGCGUCAGCAGGAGAACAAGCUGAACACGAACGACAACCAACAGUCUUCGGCGACCAAUAAAUGGUUGACGCUGAACAGGCACAACAAUAUCAGGGCCCUGUCCACCAUCCAAACGAAAACCAAACCGAAGGCGAUUGCGACAGCGAUGGUGUCGAAGGAGGAAGCCCGCGACUUCAUGGCGAUGUUCCCAGACAUCGUACGCGACCUCACGGACGCCGGCAGGCACACCGACAUUCCGGAAGUCACGAAACGCUUCGCCAAAGUGCUGCAGUACAACGUGCCCAAUGGCAAAAAGAACCGCGGACUGUCCGUGGUGGCCGCCUACAAAAUUUUGGAGCAGAACGAAAAUCUCACGCCGGAGAACGUUCGGCUGGCCAAUCUUCUGGGAUGGUGUGUCGAAAUGUUGCAAGCAUUCCUGCUGGUGAUGGACGACGUGAUGGACCAAUCAGAGACCCGCCGUGGCGUUCCAUGCUGGUACAAAAAAGACAACGUCGGUUUAAGCGCCAUAAACGACGCGUGUCUUUUAGAAAACGGCAUUUAUUCCAUUUUACGUAAAUACUUUUCAUCCCAUCCAUCGUACAUACCAGUAAUCGAACUAUUCCAUGACAUCACACUGAAAACUUCGAUGGGACAAUGUCUGGAUUCGAUGUCGCACAAGGACGGCAAACCGAAUCUGGAAAUGUUUACAAUGAAUAGAUACAACUCAAUUGUUAAAUACAAGACUGCCUAUUACACCUUCCAACUGCCAAUAGCCUUGGCGAUGCACCUCGCCAAUCUGAACGACCCCGAAAUGCACCGACAAGCCAAAACAAUCCUGCUAGAAAUGGGUCAAUUCUUCCAAAUUCAAGACGACUUCUUGGAUUGCUUCGGCGACCCGAAGCUCACCGGUAAACAGGGUACGGACAUUCGCGAGGGCAAAUGUACUUGGUUGGCGGUGGUGGCCUUGCAACGUGCAAGCCCUGCCCAAAGGCAGAUCAUGGAGGAGCACUAUGGACAAUCAAAUCCCGAAUCGAUUGAAAAAAUUCGUUGUCUUUACGAAGAACUGAGCUUACCUAACACCUACGCGGUGUAUGAGGAAGAAAGUUUCAACAUUAUUCGCACCCACAUCCAGCAAAUUUCGAAGGGGCUUCCCCACAAUUUGUUCUUUAAGUUGGUGGAGAAAAUUUAUAAGCGUGAAUGCUAGUUUUUCUUUCAGUAUUUUCGGUUAUUGAAGAUAGUCAAUAAUUAAUUGUAAGGUAUAAUAUUUAUAGGUAGGCGUAAGUCUAAAAUUUGUUAUUUAAUCGAAUGUGUGAUAGAUAUAUUUAAUAUUGGUGGAAUAAUAUUACUUCGAAAUUAAAUUUUGACUUUAAAUUUGUAAUAUGUAUAACAUUGUUUUAGGAGAUAUAAUAUAUAAGCAAUAUUUGAUAUUUUUUUCUAACGAAAAAUUUUUUGUUUUUGGUAAAUUUUGUUACCUCGUUCUGAGCAAUAUGGAUACAGGUGUCUGUUGAAAAAUAAAUUUAAAAUUCCA